AUGGAAGAGGCUCAUUACGACACUCCGUGGGAGUUCCUUCAUCGAACUGCAUCAUUUCCACCGCGAGAACGUCCUCAUUCCGAUUCUUCAGAAUUGUUAUUAGCCAAAAGGCUGGAGCGCGGAUUGCAAACCCGUUGUUGUGGAAUUGUGGAGGAGCAGUCGAGUAACAAUACAUCAUCCUCAUCCUGCCAAUUACCUAAAUAUAAUCAUGCUAUAGUCAAGCAGAGAAGUGCCGCAAAAAAGGUGACAGAAAGUGAUCCAAGACGAGCUUCAAGUACUGAAUUUGAACGCAGUCGCUUCAAAUUCAGCAUUGGAAGAUAUAAAAGAUUAAUUUUUACAGAGCGAGCAAAUGGACGUGAUUCACGACGUAGUCGUUACCGCGAAGAAGAGAUAGUGCACAAAGAUAUCGACCGAGUAAAUGCAGAAGGAAAACUUUCUGGUCAUGAGAUUGGCACGUUUCUGAUUCGUGUACGUGAUAAUGGCACACUUGCUUUGUCGAUAAGAGCAAGGAAAGGUGUGCUGCACAUUAAACUUGAGUUGCGUGAUAACCGCUGGGUACUCGGUGAAGGGCCAACGUUUGGUUCCAUAGCAAGUAUCAUCAAUUUCUAUCGUUCUCACGAACUGCCUAUUCGAGGUGCAGACCGAAUGCUUCUUAACAAACCUCUGCUGGUUUCGGUCACCAGUACCGUUGCUCAAUAA